AUGGCGGGGCCGCGGCCGCCCGCGGGGCUCCUGCUCGCCGUGCCCCUCCUGCCGCUGCUGCUGCUGCUGCCCGCGGCCCCCGCGCCGCCGCGCGCGCCCUACAAGCCGGUCAUCGUGGUGCACGGGCUGUUUGACAGCUCCUACAGCUUCCGCCACCUGCUGGGCUACAUCAACCAGACGCACCCCGGGACCGAGGUGACCGUGCUCGAUCUCUUCGAUGGGAGAGAGAGCUUGCGGCCCCUGUGGGAACAGGUGCAAGGGUUCCGAGAGGCUGUGGCCCCCAUCAUGGCAAAGGCCCCUCAAGGGGUGCAUCUCAUCUGCUACUCACAGGGCGGCCUGGUGUGCCGGGCACUGCUGUCCGUCAUGGAUGACCACAACGUGGACUCCUUCAUCUCGCUGUCCUCCCCGCAGAUGGGGCAGUACGGAGACACGGACUACCUGAAGUGGCUGUUCCCUACCUCCAUGAGGUCCAACCUCUACCGGAUCUGCUACAGCCCCUGGGGGCAGGAGUUCUCCAUAUGCAACUACUGGCAUGAUCCCCACCACGAUGACCUGUACCUCAAUGCCAGCAGCUUCCUGGCCCUGAUCAACGGGGAGAGAGACCAUCCCAAUGCCACUGCCUGGCGGAAGAACUUCCUUCGUGUGGGCCGAAUGGUGCUGGUCGGAGGCCCCGACGAUGGCGUCAUCACCCCUUGGCAGUCCAGCUUCUUUGGCUUCUAUGACGCAAAUGAGACGGUCUUGGAGAUGGAGGAACAACUGGUUUAUCUUCGGGAUUCUUUUGGACUGAAGACCCUCUGGGCCCGGGGGGCCAUAGUGAGGUGUCCCAUGGCCGGGAUUGCCCACACGGCCUGGCACUCCAACCACACCCUUUACGUGACCUGCAUCGAGCCCUGGCUCUCCUGA